AUGCAAGACCUAGAUUGGAAACAAGAUUGGAGUCUAUCUGAAAUGGAGGAGAUGUACAAGGAAGCAAGAGAGGGAAUGCCUAAACCUAGGAUUCUACACAAGCUUCAUGACCCAGGUUACUUCCUUAUACAUUGCUCUAUCAAUGGAAGCUACUUUGAUGAUGCUCUUUGCGAUUCCGGUUCUAGUGUGAACCUUAUGCCGACCGAGACAGCCAAGAAGUUGGGAUUGAUCGAUUCAAUUGUGAAAUCCGGCAUGGAUUUAAAGCUAGCUGAUUCAUACCUAACCGAACCACUUGGAGAGGUGAAGGAUAUUCAGCUUGAUUUUGGAGGUUGCAUAGUUCCAGCCGACUUCUAUGUAGUGACCAUGAAGGAUCCGGAGGACUUAAAGCUUUUGCUUGGAAGAUCAUUCCUAGCCACAGCCGGAGCGAUCAUGGAUUGGCCUAAUAGAAGAAUCUCUCUAGCCAAUGUUGACAAUGACACCUUCUACAAUGCUGCACCUCCCGGUUUCUCAUCCAAGCGAUUCGCUACACAAGUGGAGGAGAGUGCUCAUUAG